AUGUCCGACCUCGACGCUUUCGACUUCCUCCCGCUUCAAAUCGAUCCCAAAUCAAAGGCCAUUAGCUCCGCACACCCAUCCGCCUCACGCGCGCUCGAGAGCGAGCUGGCCGCGCUCAACAACCUGCACCGCUCCCUGCACGCGCUCGACACACCGCAUAUCGUGCCCCCACCGCCGGUGCCCGUUAACCCCAAGCGUAGCGCCAACAUCAACAAGCUGCGCGAGUCCGGUAACUCCGAGUACCGCAAGCAACGCUAUGCCGAAGCCGUCAAGUUCUACACAUUAGGCCUCCAGAUGGCGCUGGCGCGCCCUGCGUGGGAGCCCAGCCAGCUCGUGCGCGAAGAACUCCAUGCUCUUUACAGCAACCGUGCUCAGGCGCACAUGCACCAAGGCAACUGGCCCGAGGGUGCCAUCGAUGCGGAGGCGAGUGUAGAGUGCAAACGGCAGGGUAACGCUAAGGCUUGGUUCCGGCGUGGGCGGUGUCUGGUGGAAAUGGGCCGUCUAGCCGAGGCAAGGGAGUGGGUGACUCGCGGACUGGAGUUCGAGGGCGAGGAGAAGGAGCUCAGUGAGCUUUUGAAGGAGGUGGAUGGGAAACUUGAUGAAGAGAAGGGGAGAAGGGAUGCGUAA